AUGGGGGGUAAUACACUUCGAUUAAAGAAAAAAUUUGAAAGUGAUUCGGAAGAUUUCGCAGAAGAGAACGAUGAAGAAUGUUAUAUUUGCGUUCAACGUCGUGCAUCGGUUCGAGCAUUCCCCUGUGGACAUAAAGUUUUUUGCAGGAAAUGUGCGGUGAAUUUAAUUGAGCAUGCAUUAAAAGAAAAUCGUACUGGAAUGGACUGUAUCGUUUGUCGACGCGAUAUCGUUUGCCUCAAAUAUAUAAGGCCAUUUAAGCGUGUUCUUAUAAAAACUCAACUAUCACCAGCCGAUUUUUGCCUAUUUCAAUUACAAUGUAGUAAUGGUGGACUUGCGACAAAUCGAGACAGUGGCGUAUCGUCGGAGAAUUCAUCAAGCAAUUCUUCAUCAUCAUGUUCAUGUUAUCGUCAUUCACCUCUUGGCAGUAGUAAUACUGGAUGA